CAGAUUUAGAUGCUACAAUUGAAAGAUAUUUUACUUUUAAUAAUAUUCAUCUUUGUGUCCCCAGGUCAAUCAAGGCUGCAGUCAUAGUGUAGUCAGAGUCUUACACUGAAAUUAAACAGGUUAAAAUGGAGCAAAAACUAAACUCACAGGUGAAAAUGAAUCUGAUGAACCUCGGGACCAGACCAGAACAAACUCAGCCCAAACCUCUGGAGAGAGGCCAGUGGGCCAGUAAGGUGGAGUUCAUCCUGGCAGUGGCUGGACACAUUGUUGGCCUAGGAAAUGUCUGGAGGUUUCCGUACCUUUGUUACAAAAAUGGAGGAGGAGCUUUUUUUAUUCCCUAUGUUUUGUUCUUGUUCACCUGUGGCAUCCCACUCUUCUUCCUGGAGACAUCUUUGGGCCAAUACACCAGUCAGGGUGGAAUAACAUGUUGGAGAAAAAUCUGCCCUCUUUUUGAAGGUUUAGGUUAUGGAAGCCAAGUGGUUGUUUUGUACACUGGGGUGUAUUACAUCAUCAUAUUGGCUUGGACAUUUCUCUACCUGUUUUCGUCCUUCAAGCCUGAGCUCCCGUGGGCGAGCUGCCACAACAGCUGGAACACAGAUGGCUGUUUUGAGCACGGUCACAACCAAACAACCCCUCUGCUCCUGUAUGGAAAUAGUACAUCAUCAGUUGUAGAGUUUUGGGAGCGGAGAAUCUUGGGCUUGUCCAGUGGUAUUGAGGAAAUUGGAAAUAUUCGUUGGGACUUGGCUCUUUGUCUACUUCUUGCCUGGGUGUUGUGUUACUUUUGUGUCUGGAACGGAGUGAAGUCCACAGGAAAGGUGGUAUACUUCACUGCCACAUUUCCGUAUUUAAUGCUGGUGGUGCUGCUUGUUCGUGGUCUUACAUUACCGGGGGCCAAGGAAGGCAUCAUGUUCUACCUCUACCCAGACCCAUCCCGCCUCACCGAUCCAGAGGUAUGGAUGGAUGCUGGCAGCCAGAUUUUCUACUCCUAUGGAGUUUGUACCGGUGUUCUGACAUCUUUAGGAAGUUACAACAAGUACAACAACAACUGUUACAGAGACUGUAUUUACCUGUGCCUGUUGAACAGUUUCACCAGCUUCGUAGCUGGCUUCGCCAUCUUUUCUGUGCUUGGUUUCAUGGCAAAGGAGCAAGGUGUGGAUAUAUCGAUGGUGGCUGAAACAGGUCCAGGUUUGGCAUUUAUUGCUUAUCCUCGAGCUGUGGCUCUAAUGCCACUUCCUCAGCUCUGGGCUGUUUCCUUCUUCGUUAUGAUCAUCUUCCUAGGAUUAGACAGCGAGUUUGUUUAUCAAGAGUCGUUGGUCACAACCAUCUCCGACAUGUAUCCCUCAUUCUUUCAAAGCAACUGUCGCCGUAAACUCCUCCUUCUUGCCAUUAGUGCUGCAAGUUUCCUUCUUGGCCUUGUGAUGGUUACAGAGGGAGGCCUUUAUAUUUUCCAGUUGUUUGACCACUAUGCUUGCAGUGGGAUGACACUCCUACUUUUUGCUGUUCUUCAGUCUCUCUGUAUCGGAUGGGUCUAUGGUGCAGAUCGUCAAUAUGAUAAUAUAAAGGACAUGAUUGGAUAUCGACCGUGGCCUUUUAUGAAAUAUUGUUGGCUGUACUUCACACCAGCUAUCUGCACUUUCACAUUACUCUUCUCCGUGGUCAAAUAUACUCCACUCAAAUUCAACAACACUUAUGAAUACCCCUGGUGGGGCUACGCCAUCGGAGGAUUUUUUACUCUCUCAUCAACACUCAUGGUGCCCCUGUGGAUGCUGUACGCUGUGAGUGUCACUCCAGGAACACUGAGACAGAGACUGAAAAUUCUGUGCACUCCAGCGAUGGACUUACCUACUGCCACAUUAAAGAAAACAUCAAAUCCUGAAGCUUUCCAGUCUUUCACCGGCUUGUACACACUACGCAUAGCAGAAAACCCUGAUGACAGAGCUCAGAGAACAUCAAUUAUUUAACCUGCAAGAGAAAAAAAAGAAGAACUGCAAAGAGAAGAAAGACUUGUAUCUCUUGUGUGAUCCAGUGUACUUAUUGAACAACUGCAGGGUGCAUUUUAUUGUUACUGGGUAAUAAUACAAGACGUCUGGGAGAAGGGGUUUUUUUCUAGGGAAUUCAUAAACAAAAUAGAUUUCUUUAUGUUUUAAGAAGGAAAGAUGUGUCUUUCUUUUGAUUAUAAACUGUGUUAUAUACAGUAUCUGUUGUGUAUGCUGGUUGGCUGUAAACAAUGUAGUACUGGUGAGAUUUAUAUUAAUGUUAAAAUAUUAUAAUUUUUUUUUAGUAGAAAACAAACAUGAGAUGUUAAACCCUGGUUAACAAUAUUAAUAUUCUAAAGAAGUUUUGGUACCAUUCUUUUUAAAUUAUGAUAGAUGACUAGUUUAGUACAAAACUAUUGGGUUCAUUACUGUUGUAAUGUACCCACUAUGUAAUAUACUAUUGUAAUUAUUUUAAUUAAUAUAAAAAUGACUAUAUAUCUGUUUGCAAAAUAGUGACGUCCUUGAAAAUAAAUUGGAAAAACAUAUAUAUGUUUUUAUAAUAUAAACAAUGGUAGACGGAUAAAGAUGGUUGAGUUGUUAGGUAAGCAAAACACUUUACAAUGCACCUGCAACGCAGUGGGUGUCACAAGUAUUAACAGACCACACCUGUGUGUUUUGAACACCUGAAACCAAAGCUAUGCAGACUGUAAUCCAACACAUUACAGAGUAAUAUAAAGCCACAGUGUUCAGCUGUGUUAUACUUUAAUUACAGUGUAAGUACAGAUUAUGGGGGCAGAGUCUUUGCUACUCCUAAAAACCUGAUUGCUGUUCCCAUGCUGAAGUUGAAACUACAGAGGGACUGACGGUUUUUGCUGUGAGGACUCCUCAACAAUGACCUGCCUGAAUAACUCCGGCUUGGAAAAUCAAUAUCUUCUUAUAAUUUCCUUUUUUUUUUUUCUUCAAAUGGCUAACUGAUAAUCUUAUUUGGACUUGGAAACACAUGUUAAUUAAUUUGUGUUCUCACUAUUUGACUGAUUUUCAGUAGAUUUCUUUAUUGGUUUAUGUUUGGUUUUUGUUAAACACUGUGGUGAUUGUUGAUUUGGUUAAGUGCCAUAAAUAAAC